AUGACUCUGGAUCAAAUCCAUGGCCAGGAAGUAUUGACAUUGGAUUAUCAGAGCCAUGGAAAGGUGGUGUUGAGUGGAACAGAACUCACAUUGUUGACCCAGGUAUAUGUCAAGCAAUACUUGGAUGAUGGAACAGAGUUACAGAAUGAUUUGGAAAUAUUGAAACAAACCGAUGAGGAGAUGACACUUGGAUUCAAUCAGACAUCAGUGUUCAAGGGUGAGAUUGAUCUAUGCGACUCAUCCUCCAAUUGUAUAACAUAUGAAUGGAAUCCAAGCCUUGUGGUAUCAGUCAGCAAUGUUCCAACUGAAGGUGGCGUGAUCACUGUCAAUGGAGAGUACCUUCAACAAAGCAAUGAGCCAACAGCCAACACCAUGGAGUUGAGUGAUAUCCCAUUGACAUUGGAGGAGAGUGGAUCCAAACCUGAUGGCACCAUGAGCAUGUUCAAACUAUCCACAUUGGAUGCUGAGAAGAUCACCGCAAGAUCGACCAAUAUCCUACUUACCAUCAGAGGUUCACAAUAUGAUCAAAUUCUACAAUUUAAAAGUCCAAACAUUACAUCUGUCCAGAUGAAAACACCAACUUCACUUGUGAUCAAUGGAAGUAGUUUUGGCGCAGUCCAGAAGUCUGUCUAUGUAGUUAUCAAUGGUGUCAAAGGUGCCAUCAUAAGCUCAUUCAUCAAACACAAACAAGUAGUAGUCGCCAUCCCCCAACUCUUUACUCGGCCAGGUCCUCAAAGUAUUAGUCUACAAAUCCAAAACAGUACUUCCAAUCAAUAUACAUACACUAUAAAACCCAUCGUGGACUCUGUCACACCUUGCUCGUCUAAUGGUGGAUGGAUAACAAUCAGUGGAAGGUACCUGGACAUUGGAAAUACAAGUAGCGCGGCCACCGAUAUUACCAUUGCCAACUUCUAUCAUUGUAGUCGAUCAUUCAAUCUUGGAAACAAUGGUACAAUGAUUGUUUGCAUGAUGCCUAGUGCCAAGCCACAGGUUAGUGAUCCUUCAAUGCCGGUACAAGUGACAAUCAAUGGCUAUGCAUCAGACGCACUCUCCUCCUCGGCCAAGUUCUACUACAUACAUGAUAGUGACGCUGGCAAUACCAAACACAUUCCAAUCUGGUGGAUCAUUGUACCUGUUGUUGGAGGAGUCCUUCUUAUUGCAGUGGCCGUACUGUUGUUUGUCCUGUGCCGAAGAAGAAGGAGAAGAAUGAAUAACAAGGACCAUCCAUACCAUCGCAAGGACAACGAGUUGGUGACCUUCUCGGCAAACAAUGCCAUUGUCCACAUGAAGAGCCAACCAAACAAUGCCAACGGUCUGAUCAUUGUGGAGGAGGAUGGAUGCACACCUAGGGUCAAAGGUGGCAAGUUCGAGUCGCUCGUUCAGUACCUCUGCUUCUCCAAGGAGACCGACGAGACCUUCAUCAAGGUGUUCCUGCUGUCCUUCAGAGCAUUCGCAACGAGGAUGCAACUCAUGGAUCAACUAAUCCUGUGCUACGAGAUGAUCGAGGCCAAGUUGAAGUAUUAUCCCGAAGCACUGGACACUACAAAGGAGGUACAACAUCGCAUAGCCUCUAUUGUUGCUCGCUGGCUUGGAGAGCAUCGCUAUGACUUUAUCGACAACACCGAGUUGUCCGAGAAGAUGACCAGAUUCAUUCAGCGCAAGAUCAAGAGGGAGUGCCCACAAGUGUUUGACAAGAUACUCACCUACAUCUCUCCCGAGGUGAGCUCGGUGUUCAUGUCCAAUGGGAAUGCUUCGUCACAAACCAAGACAGUGCCAGUCCAUGAUCCAACGGAGAGUCCACCCAUCCCAGUCCUACCCAAGAAGCGUGGCUCAGAGAUGACACUGCUGGACCUCAGCUCGAUUGAAGUGGCACGACAAAUCACACUUUGGGAGUCUGGAAAUCAUCGUGCCGUCGAGGAGAAGGAGUUCUUCCAUCUAUCCACAUCGAUAGAGAAGAUAUUGUACGACAUACCCAACUUGCUCAAACUGACUGGGCACUUUAUCAAUAUAUCCAGUUGGGUCACUGGAGAGAUCAUGACCAAGAAGGAUAUGGACACUCGUAUCAAUGUAAUCGAGAAGUUCAUUGAUAUUGCCACCGAGCUGAAACACAUUGCCAACUACAAUGGAUGUUUCGAGAUACUUGAUGGACUCAAACAUCCAAUGGUUCAGUACCUUGCCAAGACAUGGACCAUGAUUGAUCCCAUCUCACUGGCCACCUACAAAGAACUGAAUAGCAUCUUCAGUGAGGACCACAACUAUGCAGCCUAUCGAUCACUCCUAAGGAGUAACUCAAGUCCAUCAACUUUACCAUUUGGUAAGUUGUUCAAGUUGGAUGUUGGCAGGAUGUUCACUAUUGAGAAUAAGCAAUGGAUACAGAAUGGUAAUGGACAAUCAAUGUUGGAUGUAUUCUCAAAGGUACCAAAGUUGAUAAACUUUGAUUUCUUUAUGGAUAUAUGGAGAGUAGUUGAAGACUUUAAGAGAUACCAAAGUACCGCGCCAAACUAUUUAAUAGAGGAGAACACCAUCAAUUAUAUCAAGAACUACAAAUGUCCAGACAAUCCACCAAGUACAACAUUAUCCGUGGAUAGUUGA